AUGAGUUAUAGAUGGUCUAAGUACAAAUCUCCAGCUGUAGCAUCUUCUUUCUACUGCACAAUCAAGAAUUCUUCUGACCAAUAUACGACUCGUAAACCUUUCGUAAAGACUACUCAUUCAUCUUCGUCUUGCGCGAUCGUUGUUCUUUCAACUUUAAUCAAUCGGCAUCCAGACGAUAGUUCAAAUUGUUGGGAAAAGAGGAAAGAUUUGUGUGUUAGUGUUAUCACUAGUUACUCUCCAAUCAUCCUCUGCACUCAACAAGGCGUGAAGUCUCAAUUGGAGUAUCUUCAACAAUGCUUGCCAGGGUAUGAGCAAUUUGGGAUUUCAAGAAAAGGAUCCGAAGAUGUUUCAGAUCAGUAUUGCACCAUUUUCUAUGACAAGGAAAAGGUGGAGUUAUUAGAAGGAGGAACAUUUUGGUUAUCAGAAUCCCCUUCUGUUCCUGGAAGCAUGUCAUGGGGGAGUGAAUCUCCUUCCAUCGCCACAUGGGCAAUAUCCUUUUCAAGCAUAUAA